AUGUCCCUUCCGCCACCUCCAGGUCUCGGCCAGAAACCCUCGUCGCUUCCGCCGCGGCCCCCGUCCUCGUCGACUACAGACCCGUCCUCCUUCAAGCCUGCGUAUUCUGCAGCGCCGUCAUAUUCUUCGUCCGGUACCAGCAGUGGGUAUGGCGGGAAUACCCCUCGUUCGGGCUAUAGCAAUACCUUCACGGCCUUCCAGCCCCGUUCGGUAGCUUCCAACCAACCCUACCGUACCAGUAGUCCCGCCGUUUCUGCACCCCCAGGCUCAUCGGCUGGGUAUCCCGCCGCUCCUCCGACCACGAGCUACGGUGGUGGUGCUGGUGGUGGCGGUGGUGCCACCGGCUACCGACAGUCGCAACAAUCCUACCCGGGAGCCCCCUCAUAUUAUGGCCAGUCGCAAUACAACAAUGGUGGUAACUACGGAUCUACGGUCCCCCAGAUCCAGAACCCUUUUGCUCCCCCCACGGGAUCGGAGCAGCGGCCGAGCGGCGGCUAUGGUGGUGGCCGAGGAAGGAACACUAACUACCGCAACGAGUCUGGUCUCGACCCAGAAACGGAGGCGCAGAUUGCGCAAUGGCAGAGUGCCUACGCAUCAAAAGAGGAGACUGCGAUGAUGGGUCAUCAUCAUCAUCAGCAUCAGCAUCAUCAAAGGGGUCCCGGACGACGCGAUGGACUUCUCCAGCCCGGCGCGGGGCCUACUACGACAGGAACCAAUACACCCACCCCGGCGGGCAGCAACACCCCCGUGCCCGUCCCCGGCCCGGCCCCGACGAACACAACUGAUAGCAAGACCGUUGUCCGAUCCGGGGGUGGCCAGACAUGGACCGACUCCACGCUGCUGGAAUGGGAUCCGGCGCACUUCCGGCUCUUUGUGGGGAACCUCGCCGGCGAGGUGACCGACGACUCGUUGCUCAAGGCUUUCACCAAGUACACGUCUGUGCAGAAGGCGCGGGUGAUCCGCGACAAGCGCACGCAGAAGAGCAAAGGGUUUGGCUUUGUCAGUUUCAGUGACGGCGACGACUACUUCAAGGCCGCCCGCGAGAUGCAGGGCAAAUAUAUCGGCUCGCAUCCUAUCCUCCUCCGCCGGGCCACGACGGAGGUGCGCCCCUCGUCAGGAGCGGGAGGCAAGGGAGGGAGGAAACACGGCGGUGGUCGAGCCGGCGCCGGCGCUGGUGCUGGCGGCGGUGGAGGAGGAGGAGGAGGAGGAGCACCAGGCAGCGGCAGUGGUAAGACCAAGCCGGAUGGAGUGAAGAAACCCGGCAAGACUAAAGGCGGGUUGAAGCUAUUAGGAUGA